AUGCCUCUCAAUCUGAAAUCUGUUUUUCCGGCGUCGGAUCCGGAAUUCCAAUCUUUUCCUAGCAGAAGAAGUGUUGUACAUAGCACGGAGGGUAUGGUCGCUUGCACACAACCGCUAGCUGCAAGAUGUGGUCUUAAAGUUUUAGAUGCUGGUGGAAAUGCAGCUGACGCGGCUGUGGCUGUUGCUGCUGGCCUGAAUUUAACAGAGCCUACCUCAACCGGCAUUGGUGGUGAUAUGUUUUGUCUUUACUAUGAUGCCAAAACGAAAAAGAUAGAAGCUAUGAAUGGGUCCGGGAGAUCUGGUAUGAAGUGCACGCUUGAAAACAUACGAAAAGAUCUUGGAAUGAAAGAUGGUGACGAGGGAAAGCUUCCACUCCGUAGUGUUCAUGCAGUCACCGUACCAGGCGCUGCUGCUGGAUGGGUCGACACGGUUGAAAGAUUUGGUAGCGGUAAAGUGACCAUGGAACAGAUCCUGACACCUGCUAUUGAGCUUGCAGAGAGAGGGUUUCCUGUGUCUGAACUAUCGUCUACAAUGUGGCGGUCUAGUGAGGCUGAAUUGAAGCAAGCAUCACCCAACUACUCGGAACUUUGCAAAGAAGACUCCAGUGCGCCAGAUGGCUGGAGAGGGCCAAAUCCUGGGGAAAUCAUCAAAAACCCCAACUUGGCUAGUACUUUCCGAGCUCUCGCCAAAGACGGCAAAAAGGGGUUCUACACCGGUAGGAUUGCUGAAGAAAUCAUCAAGGCCACCAGUGACAGGGGAGGAUUUCUUGAACUUAGUGAUCUACAAAAACACUUAGAAGCAGGAAGUGAGCCAGUGGAACCCAUUUCAUACGUAUGGAAAGGUCAAGGUUAUAGCGAAACGAAGACCAGCUUCAUCGAUGGCAUAUCAGGUCAAGGAAGCAACGAAGACGAUCACGGCGUAGAAAUUUGGGAACAUCCACCAAACGGCCAAGGAAUAGUAGCACUCAUGGCCCUCGGAAUCCUCGAAGCCCUAGAAGAAGACGGCAAGAUCCCCAAAUUCACACAAGACCAACACAACUCCCCCGAAUAUCUCCACGCCAUCAUCGAAUCCCUCCGCAUCGCCUUCGCCGACGCAAGCUGGUGGAUAGCCGACCCCUCCCACUCCCGCGUCCCCUCCUCAGAAUUAACAUCCAAACCGUACCUCUCCCAACGAGCCAAACUCUUCAACCCCCUCAAAGCCUCCCCGCAAAUCUACGACCGCGGCUCCCCAGCCCACAACCACAGCGACACCGUCUACUUCGCCGUAACCGACAAGCACGGCAACGCCAUCUCCUUCAUAAACUCCAACUUCCACUCCUUCGGCUCCGGCAUCGUGCCCAAAGGGUGCGGUUUCGUCCUCCAAAACCGUGGCGGAAAUUUCCAACUCAUACCCGGCCACCCCAAUGCCAUCGCCCCCGGAAAGAGACCGUACCAUACCAUUAUCCCGGCCAUGAUCACCAAUAAACACGACGGCUCGCUACACUCCGUCUACGGUGUUAUGGGCGGCUUCAUGCAGCCGCAGGGCCACGUGCAAGUCCUGCUUAACAUGCUCGCCUUCAAAUACAACCCGCAAGCGGCGCUUGACGCGCCUAGGUUCUGUAUCGGCGCCGAACACAUGCCUGGGGAUAAUUUCGCUAGGAAGGUGUUUCUUGAGGAGGGGAUUAGUGAGGAGACGUGUGAGCGGUUGAAGGAGAUGGGUCAUGAGGCGGAGAUUGUGACGGGGUAUGCGAGGGGCGUGUUUGGGCGGGGGCAGGUUAUUAGGAGUCAUUUUGAGGAUGGGGUUAUGGUUUAUUCGGCGGGGAGUGAUCCUAGGGGGGAUGGGGCUGCGUUUCCUGGGUAG